ACAAAACCCUAAGGUUUGAUUUAUUGGAGGAGUCAUGGAUAAGAACAUGCUACAAGGUCUUGAGUCUACCUGAAGAAGACCAGAGGCGUAUGGCAGCCGUGAUCGAGCAGCUCCAAGUGCGAGACAGGUUUUACAAAAUAUUUAUGCCCAAUUGUCAAGUGAUAAGCCUCUUCGAAAUCCCUAAGAAAAUGUCUUGCUGCGGAGGAAACUGUGGCUGUGGCUCUGGAUGCAAGUGCGGCAGCGGCUGCAACGGCUGUGGCAUGUACCCUGACAUCUCAGAGAACACCAGAACUGAGACUCUCAUUGCAGGAGUUGCACCUCCUAAGAUGUCCGAUGAGGGUACUGAGAUGAACUUUGGUGCUGAGAGUGGAAAUGGGUGCAAGUGUGGAUCAAGCUGCAGCUGUGAUCCAUGCAACUGCAAAUGAGAAAGCAGCAUGGACAUGGACCUAGCAAAGCCUGUACUUGAUGUUUUUAAUAAAUCCCC